GACUAUUUUGAGGCAGUCACGAGAAAAGAACUUUAUAUCCCUUUAGAGGGAAACGUAGCCUUGCUUGUACAGCAGUUUCAUUUUUCUUGCAGACACCGCUGAAGAAACACGUUCUCACAGCAUGAACUCCUCAUCUGAGACAUUCCCUUCACAGGCCCCAGAGGAGAUUGACGGCGGGGUAAUAGGGGCUUGUGUGAUCCUGGGCCUUGCCUUCACGAUCGGCGUUCCUGGGAACCUCUUUGUGAUCUGGACUAUCCUGAAAUAUAUCAAGCAGCGCGUUCACACCGUGGUUCUCCUCUUGCACCUGGCUGCUGCAGACCUGCUGAUCCUCAUCACCCUGCCUCUGUGGAUCUACUCCCUGCUGCGCACCUGGGUGUUCGGAGAGAUCGUCUGCAAGCUUUUCGUGUACGUCAUCAUGGUGUGCAUGUUCAGCAGCAUCUUCUUAAUCACCUUAAUGAGCGUGGAGCGCUAUUUAGCCGUCUGUCAACCUUUUCUGAUGAUGCGCUGGAAGAGUGAGAGCAACAUGAACAGAUGCCUUUUUCUUUUGUGGAUGCUUGCUUUGCUUCUUGGAGUUCCUGCAUUUCUCACUCAAACAGUCACUGAAACUGAUGGUCUUAAGCAAUGUUUGACCAAGGAAUUCACUUCUAAGAUUCAACUCAUCCUCGUCUUAUGUCUGGAAACCUCACUGGGCUUUGUGCUUCCUUUAGUUACGCUCAGUAGUUGUUACUGUCUUGUGGAGAUGCAGCUCAAGAAAAUUAGUUUCAGCUCCAAACAGAAAUCUAGAGUUCUCAUUCACACCGUGGUGGUAGUUUUUAUACUGUGCUGGCUGCCUUAUCACAUUGUUAACAUCACUGAUCAGGUGUGUGUUUACAUAAAACACGAAUGUGUGCCGAGGAGCCUCAUCUUUAGCACCGGUGCGCUUGUUUUCAUCAGCAGUUCAGUGAAUCCUGUGUUGUACACUUUCUUCGCCAGGAACACCAGAGAGAGUCUCGGAGAGUCUUGUCUGAUCAAGCUGUUCCAGGAAGUGGCCACUAGCACAAAUAAACUCUGGGAGACUGCAAUGCAACAGCAAAAUAACCAGAGGGCAGCAAAAGAACAGUCAGAACUGAUCCUUCUGUCUUAAAAAAAAGUGUUAAUUAGAAGUACUGUCGAUGAUAACCUGGUGAUUUCAUUUGUUACCACUUAUUUUGAUUUUUGUAAUACAUUAUGUUUCUCAAUUAUAGCUUAAGAACCAUUUGUAACAAAAUAAAUGCUCUUGAAAUCUGC